ACGAAUCAGCGGCUGGGAAAGAUUCCGCUAGUCCCCGGAAUGCCAGUGCUGGUCAACCAGAACUUUGACAUUGAUGGUGGCAUUGUCAACGGAAGCACUGGAGUCCUCAAGAGAAUCAGAUUCUUCAUGGACGAAAGCGGCCGUAGGUACCUGAAGUCUUGUAUCGUCGAAAUUUCGGAUUCGACGGACAGGCCAUUGCCACACUUGAUGCCACACCAUGUUCCAAUUCUUCAAGACUCCACGGACUUAACAUUCACCCACCCGCAC